AUGGCUCCCGUCAGCAGCAGAAGGGUUUACUGCGACUCCAAAUCACCGUUCGUUUUUAUUUCCAGGGGAAAUACAAUGCCUUUAAAAUUAUAUUUCACUUACAUUUUUCUUCUGCUAACUAUAAAAUGGUGUUUUGCCGAUGACGAUCACGAAAUGGAAGAGUUUCUGAAGCGGGAAUAUUCCCUGUCCAAGCCUUACCAAGGCGUAGGAUCUUCAAGCUCCUCCCAUUGGGAGCUGAUGGGGGAUGCCAUGGUAACCACCGACCAGGUACGACUCACACCUGACAUGCAGAGCAGGCAGGGGGCGGUGUGGAGCCGUAUUCCAUGCAAUCUGAAGGACUGGGAGAUGCAAGUGCACUUUAAGAUUCAUGGGCAAGGAAAGAAGAACCUGAAUGGUGAUGGGCUAGCCAUUUGGUAUACCAAGGAACGCAUGCAGAAAGGUCCUGUAUUUGGAAACAUGGACAACUUCACUGGCUUGGGUGUUUUUGUGGAUACGUAUCCCAAUGAGGAGAAACACAUAGAGGCACAGAAGAAGAGAUAUACUCCCCGCACACAGAGGAUCUUUCCCUUCGUUCUUGCCAUGGUGGGGAACGGCAGCAUCAGCUACGACCAUGAGCGCGACGGUCGGCCCACGGAGCUGGGUGGCUGCAACGCCAUGGUGCGCAACCUUAAACACGACACCUUCCUCUUCAUCAGAUAUGUCCGUCGCAGGCUUACGGUGAUGAUAGACAUCGAUGGCCAGCAUGAGUGGAGGGACUGCCUGGACCUGCCUGGGGUGCGGCUGCCACAAGGGUAUUAUUUUGGUGCUUCAGCAAUCACAGGAGAUCUGUCAGAUAACCAUGAUGUAAUUUCCCUAAAACUCUACCAACUGACGGUUUUGCGGAGUAAAAAGGAGGAGGAAGAGGAAGAAGAUGAAAUAACUAUACCCAGUGUAGAUAAUAUGGAUCUCCUCAGAUUGGGAGACAAUGAAAAGGGGAUGAGUGGUAUAGCCAUUUUCUUCACUGUGCUCUUCUCCAUGCUGGGUUGCAUCUUCCUCAUUGUCAUUGGCCUGGUAAUCUACAGCCACUGGAAUGAGAGCCGACGUAAACGUUUCUACUGAGGACCAUAUGACAGGAGAUAAUGAUGGUUAUACCCGCUGUGGUCUGUGGAGCAAGCUGUUAUAA